AUGGAUAAACGGUGCGUGAAUCGAGUGACGACUGGAGCCAUGCUCGGUGGUGCCGUCGGUGGCGCGGUCGGGGCGGUGUACGGCACGUACGAGGCGUUCGCGUACAAGGUUCCGGGCUUGCUCAAGGUGCGACACAUAGGACGGGCGACGGUGACCUCGAGCGCGCUGUUCGGGCUCUUCUUAGGGGCGGGGUCGUUGUUACAGUGCGGUAGACGAUAG